GCCCCCGGCGCGCGCGCGCCACCGCCCCGCCACUCGGCUCGCUCCUCGCCUGCCAAGGAGGGAAAAUGGGAGCGGGGCCGGCCCCGCCCGCCGCGGCUCGGAUUGGCCCCCGCCUCCUGCCGGCCUUCCCCAUUGGCCGCGUCGGCAGGGCCGCCGGCUCCCGAUUGGCCGGCGCGGUUUUGGAUACCAAAUUCAAAGUUUUUAAAAGUACCCGGCGAGGGCGGCCGCGCACUCACUGCCCGCGGGACGCGGCGGCUGCAGCCCUGCAGGAUACAAAUAAAGCAAUGAAAUCAAAUAUUAGCCACUCUUUCAAAAUGAAAUGCGAUUUUGGUUGUACAUCUCUUCGCACUGGGUUCGUGCCAUCAAAGACUGCUGGAAAAACAAGACUGGAAGAGUCCUGCCCCUCGAAUUAUGAGGAAGGUUUGUAUAAAAGCUGUGCUGAAGAGCAUCAGAAAAUACUCCGUAGUGAAUCAUAUCCUGCAGCCCCCAGAAAUCUAGAUCUUGAAGAUGAAGGAAGGCCUGUACAUAACAAAGAAAACAAACAAAUAAACCAAAGACUUGAUGAAGGGAUCUAUGAAGUGGAGGCACUGGAAAAUAGUAAACUUAACGAGGACAGUGGUUAUUCCUCUAUGUUAAGUAAUCAAUUCAAUGAUGCAGUAGAACAUGAAGAUAGUAUACCCUUGGCUGGAAAUCUCUGUGGCACACCAGAGCAUUGUCUCAUGAAGAACCAAAACCAAGUACAGUUUUCAAAGAAGACUUUGUUGCCAGUAAUCCAUUAUGAAAAAAUGAUUUGCUCAACUUUGAAAAAAAGUGGUAAAAGAAAUCUCAAAUCUUGGACUGCUGUAGACAGAAUUGUUUUUAGGGGAAAGUCUGAAUUUCACAACCUAAUUGGAAAGAAAAUGGGGUUAGAUGGAAUAGACAUUCUUGCUGAACUCUUCCAAAAGAACCUGAAGCAUAUAUUAGCAAACAUCUUAAGGCAUCUCAGUGACAUGGACUUAAUAAAUUUUGCCAAAGUCAGCACAACGUGGAAGAAGAUUCUGCAAGAAGAUAAAUGGGCUUUCCAAAUAUAUAGUAAAGCUGUGAAAAACCUUUCUGAUGGUACUAAGACAUCAGAACAUGCUGCAACAAGGGAGUACGUUCUCUACCGGGCGGCUUUAGCUUCAGUUCAGAAAGCAACCCCGUCAAACAGCCUAAGUAAAAAAGGCAGCAGAUCCAAAGCAUCUAAGAAUCACAGUAGGCUCAUGGAGUUUUCAGAGGCUGCCAAGACUUUGAAAAACACUGAAAGCCUUAAAGUCUGCCAUCGCUGUGGCUCACCUGCAAAGUAUGACUCCUAUCUGCAAAGAGCAACAUGCAAUCGUGAAGGCUGUGGCUUUGACUUCUGCACAAGGUGUAUGUGUUGCUACCACAGCUCCAGUGACUGUGUGAGCGGCAAGCCAAUAAAAUCAAACUCUAAGAUAGGGCCACUCCCUGGGACUAAGAAAAGCAAGCAAAAUCUGCGGCGAUUGUGAUCCAUCCUGAUACACUUUGUCAGAUGUGCCAUAAAAGAUUUCUAGGGUGUAAAUUUUUCCGCAAAGAAAACAAAGCCUAAAGAUGCGUUUGCAUUCUGCCAUUAUUCUAUAUUAAAAAAAAAAGUUAAUUUUAUAAUUCCGUUUAGUCAUUCUCAAAUUCCUAGGAAUUGCCACAAAUAACCAUUUUAAAAUGUCUUACUAAUUUCCAAGUUUAAAAAAAAAAAUACAGGACAUGGAUUCUAGUAACGUUUUAAAUAUUGUCUUGACAAUUUUUGUCUGCCAUGUUCCAGUCUCCAAAAACUUCACCACAAAAAUAUUGAACAAAAAGCUUUUGGCAAGUAAUCUUCUUGGCAAUUCUUAGAUGCCAACAGGAAAAAAGCUAAGCUGUGUUUUAUUUAAAUGUUUGCUUUUGGUGUUCCAAAAGUCUUUUAAAAGCAUUGAUAAUGCAAAUGUCAAGAGAGGUGAAUGAAGUCCCCUUUAAAAUAAAAUUGUAUGAGACUUUAGAUUUUAUUGUCUUGUUUAAGAUUUUGCCUUAAUUUUAAAAUGUGAAUGUUUGUAAUGCCAUUUUCUCUGAUGGUUUAUUUGAAUCUUAAAUUUUGUUGUUCUUCCUUCAAUCUUCAUUCAUUUCAGGAACUACAUUUUUUCCCGGAACUGUGAUGAUACUCUUCCUAGCUUUUUUUUCUUUAAAAAAAAAAGAAAGUACUGUAUCUUGGCAAUACUGCUAAAAAAAACUGCCAAUAUUUUCCAAAUUAUAAUAUACAUUUUUAAUAUUUGUAUAUAUUUGUAAAUACUUUAAAUAUUUUUUUGUUUGUCUUAUAAAUGUGAAAAUAAAUUACUGUUUUC